CCAAAAAUCAAGGACGGCCUUUCAGUUUGUCAGACAGGAAGUUGUUCGAAAGAUCGAAAGUUUGACAGAAGUUUGCUGCUCGUGUCGCACGUUAUUCAGAAGAACCUUUUGUGUAUCAAACAAAAAUGCAGAGUGGUGCUUACGGGGCCUCUCUGGCCGGCGGGGCCUUUGACGUGGAAAGCUUUGUGAAACAGCCGCAUACCAUUUUGCGCUUCUUGAGCUGGGUAUUCUCCAUUGUGGUUUUUGCAACCAUUACAGCAGAAGGUUACACUAAUACUGUCCAUUUAGAUGAGAAAACCUGCAUUUUCAACAGUAACAACAGUGCGUGCAGCUACGGGGUGGCAGUUGGACUUCUGGCCUUUUUGGCUUGUGUUAUUUUCCUGAUGACGGAUGCUUACUUUCCAAAUAUCAGCAAUGCCAAGGACAGGAAACGCAUCGUCAUUGGAGAUCUGGCCUUCUCGGCUGUUUGGACGUUCUUGUGGUUCAUCUGCUUUUGUGUCCUGGUCAAUCAGUGGUCCAAAUCAAACUCAUCGUUAUACAUAGCCAGUGCUGCCAGAGCUGUCAUUACCUUCUCCUUUUUCUCCAUCAUCACCUGGGCUCUUUUGACCUACUUUACAUAUAAGAGGUAUGCCCAAGGAGUGAAUGAGUUUUCGGAGGAUUACACGGACCCAGCCCAAGACCACACCACCCCGUACCCACAGGGGCCCUAUGGGAACAGCAGCGUCCCCGCAGGAUACCAGCAGUCCCCGUUCUCCAACAAGCAGGAGACCCCGGGAGAGUAUCAGCCUCCAGCUUACUGAGAAACUGAGAGUAGAAGUUCAUACAGUUUUAUUCAAAACUCGGGGCUUUUUUAAUCACUCCUACUUUCUUGCUGUGCAAAUGUUUGCAUAUUUUUUUGGGUGCACAGUUUUUAGUUUGCUGCGUCAUAAUUGCACAAUGUUUAAUGGAUCUUUUCUGUGUUUGGACUUCGAAACAACUUUAAAGAGACUUUUUAUCUUUCACCUGUUUGAUUUUUCUCUUGGGUAAAAUAGAGUUGAUCUUUGAUACCUUUCUACUAAAACGCUUACAAAGCUCUUUUUUUGGUUUAAACUGCUUAGAAAUUUAAGACCAGAGGCAAACAUUGACAGGGUAUGAAGAAUCUGCACCUAUCUUCUUGAAGAGGAAACAUUUUUAUAAAUAGCUUAUCAACACAUUCACAGCUUUUACUUUAAUCUUAAGGUUGAUGUGCUGCUGCCUCCCUGUAAUUAAUAAAAUGUGUUCAAUCAUUCUUGCUUGACCUCAAAGGAAAGCCACUUAAACUAAACUAUAGAUUUCAUCUGAAUUAUUUCCUUAAACUACUGUACUUGCUUUAUUAUCAUCCGCUGAAGUAGCCUCAAAUGCACUGAAGAGUUGAUUCUCUUUCCACAGUUUUUAGUUCUGUUUAAUACAAAAAUCUGCUCAUUUAUUGUAGCCGGAUCAGUUUAUCGUCCAAGGCUAUUUAAUGUGCAUCUUUGUAUUUCAGAUGCAGUUUUAGCUAAUAUAAAAUGAAUUUCGUCUUCUAAUGGUAAAGAUGAGUUGUUUUGCUUUAUAGAGGGAAAUUGAAGAUGUAUUUAUUAUCUUUCUUGUUAUUUCCUGUUAAGCACAGGUUUGUAACAUUCAAUCCCGCUUACAAUUUUCCGCUUAAUUGUUUUUUAUUGGGUUUUGUGAUUGUAGUGAUUUCUUUCAGUGGCUUUGGAAUAAUUAACUGUUAAAAUGCAUUUUACAGUGUUUGCAGAUUUGCAAAAUAAAGAUGUAUUUUUUUGUCCA